AUGCCAACGAGCCCGCUGAAGCGCCCGUCCGGCGGCGGCGGCCGCCUGGGCCGGCUCCUGGCGUCCCUGCGCCCGCCCGAGCGCGCUGGGCCGCUCCCGGUCCAGACCGGCUUCCCGACCUCCCUCGCUGAUAUCGUCGUCAAGAACCACGGCCGCCUCAGGAACCCCAGGAGGCGGCACCGCGCCCCCGGCGCCGCCGUCCCGCCGGCCGCCGCUUCCGCGGAGACCCAGCAAAGGCCCGAGCUUUUGGUGGAUCACGACGCCGCGGCGGCGGCGGCGGCAUCGGCAGCGGCAGCGGCAGGAGCACCGGUGCCGACCGGCCCCGGCAAAGGCGCGGGCUUCAGCAUCCGGCCGGGGCUCCUCGCGGCCGGCGGCGCCGUGGCGCUGGCGCUGGCGCUGCUGGUGAUCUGGAGCAAGCAGCUGGUGGCCGCGGCCACGCUCGCGUCGGUGGCGCUGUCCUGGAUCGAGUCCGCCAGGACCAUGCGUGCUCGGCGGCCGGAGACGAAGAAAGAAGUGGAUUCGCGCCGCGGGCGCGGAUGCGUCUCGCCGAUACGGGAGGCGGCGGAGUCGCCGAGGCCGUGCGAGUGCGAGUCUGACAACGGAGGCAGCGACGCCGCCUCAUUCUGGUCCGCCGACGCCGACAGCAGCGACCUCGGCUGCGACGACUCGUCGUCGUCGGUGAAUAACCCGAAGCGGAAACAGAGCAGGAGGUCGCUGCGGAAGCUACUCGCCAACAAGUUGCGGAACGGCAUGACGCCCCGGGGCAAGGACUGUCGGCACGAGAAGCCGGGCGCUGGCGAGUCCAACGCCGAGCCAGCAGCAGCAGCAGAUGCUGCUCCCGCCGAGGGGACGCCAGCGGCGCCACCGGAGGCGACCACCGUCACUGACGACGGCGAGCGGUGGCACCGUCAACGCGGGGCCGCAUUGCCGUUGCCCGCGCUCGUGCCGAUCAUCCUCGCGGGCCUCGUCGCCGGGAAGCUCUCGGCGCUGGCGCUGGCGGUGCUCUGCGCGGCGUUCUCCAGCUCAGUCGAGAGAGUUCCAGCAGGGCAGGCCAGCAGGUAG